AUGAAGAUCAGGUCUUCGCAGUCGCAGUACGUGUGCGUGUGUCCAAUAGGAUACCAGGGCGAUGGGACAUCCUGUGACGACAUUGACGAGUGCUCCAGCGGCCUCCACAACUGCAACUCCAAAGGCUGGUGCAACAACACUCUGGGCAGUUACAACUGUCAGUGUCUGGACGGAUACUUUGGAGACGGAAAGAACUGCCAAGACAUCAACGAAUGUGAAAAGGAGAACGGUGGAUGCCACGAAAAUGCUGUCUGCACCAAUAAUGAAGGAGGAAGAACAUGCAAAUGUAAAAGUGGUUUUAGCGGGAAUGGCUUUGCCUGCACGGAUAGGAAUGAAUGUGCGAACGAGCGAAUCUGUCACUGGAAUGCAACGUGCACAAACAGUCCAGGGUCCUACGUGUGCACGUGUAACGGCGGCUACAAAGGCAACGGGAACUACCUCUGCCUGGACGUGGACGAGUGCUCGGAAACGCCUCAGAUUUGCUCGCAGUCUCUUGGAUACAGAGGGUGUAGAAACCUCCCAGGGACCUUCCAGUGCAUCUGCAGCACUGGCUUUGAAAGCGCCAGAGGAAUAUGUGUGGAUGUGGAUGAAUGCACCACCCAAAGAUGCAGUUUGUAUGCCCAGUGUCAGAAUACACGAGGAUCUUUCACCUGCACAUGCAAUAACGGGUUUGUGGGAAAUGGCGUGACCUGCGUUGACAAAGACGAAUGUAACGAUGGAACAAACGACUGUGAUCCAGACGCUGCUUGUAUAAACAGGCUCGGAUCCUUUGACUGCUCCUGCCGCGUUGGUUUUCUUGGAAAUGGACGAGUGUGCGAGGAUAUAAAUGAAUGUGACGUGCUGGACACCUGCCCUUCGUUCACAGAUUGUAAAAACACACCCGGAUCAUACUACUGUGAUUGUGGAGAAGGUUAUGUCUUCAAUACAUCGAAGUGCGUUGAUGAGAAUGAGUGCUAUAAUGGAGACGGCUUUAAUUGUGUGGACAUAAACGAGUGCUCACUUGCUCUCCAAUGUCACCCUAAAGCCGUUUGCCGUAACUUACCUGGCUCCCACAACUGCACCUGUGGAGUUGGCUAUCAAGGAGACGGGGUCAUCAGGUGCAGCGAUGUAGACGAAUGCAAAGUGGACAAUGGAUUUUCCCUUAUCAAUAAAACGUCUUGCCAGGACAUUAACGAAUGCGAGGAACUUGAGAAUCCAUGUCCAGGAAAGAAUGAACAGUGCAACAACUUUGAUGGAUCGUACGAGUGCCUUUGUAACACGGGAUACUAUCGCCCUGCGCAAGAUGGAGGCUGUGUUGAUGUGGACGAAUGUGGAAACAAGCCAUGCCACGCCAACGCAACAUGUCUGAACACUGUAGGAUCCCACACAUGUACCUGUACUCAAGGGUUUGAAGGCAACGGCACCACAUGCACUGACACAGAUGAGUGUUCAGAAGACAAAAGUACUUGCCAUCCUUAUGCCACGUGUACUAACUCACUCGGCAGUUUCACUUGCUCUUGCUUGGAAGGAUUUGUGGGCGAUGGAAUCGAGUGUAAAGACGUAGACGAAUGUAUCGAUGACAGGCGGUGUCCAAGUUUUUCAGUCUGCAUCAAUUCCCCCGGAGCGUCUGUGUGCUCAUGUUUGAACGGCACAAUCGCGCUCAACAACACCUGCGUUGCCCAAAGUCAAGAGUGCGAGCCGGCGUGUCAUUUCAAAGGACUCUGCCACCCCUCGCCCGCUGGCUAUCAGUGCGUCUGUGACAAAGGCUACACGGGCACUGGGGUGAGCUGCUCAGACGUGGACGAAUGCCAGGUGGAAAAUAUCUGUCCCAAAAAUGAGACUGAGUGUGUGAAUAUGGCCGGGUCCUAUUCCUGUGUAUGCAGACAAGGAUUUAUUCAAAAUGGCUCCUCAUGCUUCGAUCGAGACGAGUGCGACGAGGGACAAAGCGACUGCAGUGACUUUGCCAGAUGCGUCAACACCAUCGGGAGCCACAGCUGCUUCUGUCUCAACGGUUUCACUGGAGACGGCAAGAACUGCACAGACGUGGAUGAGUGCCAGGUCCAAAACGGAGGCUGCCACCCGACCGCCAGCUGCUCUAACGGGCCGGGAAUCUUCAACUGCAGCUGUCCCGCCGGCACAGAGGGCGAUGGCUUUGACUGCCGGGACAUAGACGAAUGCGACGGCAGCUCCUCUCGGCCGAACAACUGCAGCGCUCAGGCCGACUGCUUCAACCAGAACGGCUCCUACGGCUGCGAGUGUCACGACGGAUACCAAGGGAACGGGUUCACCUGCGAGGAUGUCGAUGAAUGCCAACUGGACACCACCUGCAGCAAAAACAUGACUUGCCUAAACUUCCCAGGCUACUUCGCUUGCGCAUGCGUUGUAGGUCAAGUUUACGGCGUCGGGACCUGUGUGAAGAACGAGACGUGCAGUAGUGCGUCUUCAGUGUGCCAUGAACUUGCAGAGUGCUACCCCUUUCAAGGCUCUUUCUACUGCAAAUGUAGAGAUGGAUAUGAAGGAAAUGGCACUUCCUGCUCAGAUAUUGAUGAGUGCACCCAGCCUGACGAAGCCUGCCCUCAAAACUCCCUUUGCCUCAACAUCAACGGCUCUUUCCAAUGCAUUUGUCACGACGGUUUUGUGUCCAACUCGACUGUAUGUGAAGAUGUAGACGAAUGCGCCACAGGGAAUUUCUCUUGCCCUGCAAAUAGUACAUGCUCCAACUUGGAAGGAAGCUACACGUGCCUUUGUGAUCAGGGAUAUUCAGGCAACGCCACAGUUUGUUCUGAUAUUGAUGAGUGUGCGUUAGAUUUAGUCCAGUGUCCUAAGUUUUCACAAUGCCACAAUACUCAUGGGGCGUUUUUGUGCCAGUGUUUUGAUGGUUACCAACAAAACGGGACGGUAUGUGAAGACAUAAACGAGUGCUUGAACAAUACGAUCUGCCCCAACAUCAGCACAUGCAUCAAUCUGAACGGCAGCUAUAAUUGUCUUUGUGAUGCUGGAUUUUUUAACCAAAACAACUCGUGUUUGGACAUAGAUGAAUGCGACAUAUCUCAGCUUCUUCUGUGCAUUAACGGCACCUGCAUGAACUCUUUUGGAUCAUACUAUUGUGAAUGCAACACAGGGUUUUUGAGCAACGGGACUCAAUGUUUAGACAUUGACGAAUGCGACGAAACAGACAACAUAUCAGUUUGCCAGAACCACUCCACUUGUGUCAACGCCAUAGGCUCGUAUCUCUGCCCGUGCGAUGCCGGUUUCUCGCUCGUAAACUCUAUUUGUGAAGACGUAAACGAAUGCAGUGACAGUGGAGACUUCUCUUGCCCAGAGCACUCCUUUUGUAACAACACUCUUGGAUCUUAUACCUGCCUCUGCUCUCCCGGAUACAAGAACAAUAGCUUUGGCUGCGUAGACGUAGACGAAUGUGAAAUCAACACAACAUGCCGAUCCGACCAAGUUUGCACAAAUUCACCCGGCUCUUACCGUUGCUCUUGUCCGACAGGCUUCACCGAGCUAAACAAUGUGUGUAAUGAUAUAGAUGAAUGUGCCAGAUUUCCAUGUGACCCGAUUGCAAGAUGCUGGAACUCCCCUGGAUCGUUUUCAUGCCUUUGUCCCGUUGGGUUUGUGGGAAAUGGUUCUUGGUGCAAAGAUGAGGACGAAUGCAGUGUUCGGAAGCCGUGCCACUUCAACGCCGCUUGCCUGAAUUCUCCCGGCUCCUUCCAGUGUCUUUGCCGACCUGGGUUUGUGAACCUGGGGAGCUACUGUGUGGAUGUGGACGAGUGCCAGCAGGACCAUGGACAAUGCCACUUUGCAGCUCGAUGUGUGAACAGUAUCGGAGGGUAUGAGUGCAGCUGUAACCCCGGCUGGGUUCCAUCCAGAGAGAACGGGCUCGGGAAGUCCGGCUGUGUGGAUGUGGACGAGUGUUUGACCAUCGUUUGCCCCAAAGGAAAACUCUGCAGCAAUGAACCAGGAACCGUCAGAUGUGUCAAUCGUCGACCGUACACUCUCUACACCACGCCUCUGGUUCCAACGGAGAGCGUCCUGUUUCCUUUUGGAGCUGAAGCUGGAGAUGAAGCCGUGAAGAUGGACGCUGCCGAUGGAAACACUCCGUACAUGUCUCCUCCGGUCCACGUCCCGUUCCUCGGGAAACCCUACAGCAGGAUUUAUUUUUCCGACAACGGCCUGGUCCAGCUGCAGACUCCGGCUGAGAACCAGCAGUACCUUCUUCCUGGUCCCACCGGAUCCGGGUUCCCGAAACACCGACCUCUGUCUCUGAUCGCCGCCUUCUGGGACGAUGUGGACCUGACCCUGGGGACGGGACAGGUCUUCUACCAGGAGUACAGUGAGCUGGACAUGUCGGACAUCUACUCCCAGAUUGUGUUCAAUCGCACCGCAGCAGAGGUCACAGCGUUUGAGAAAAGGAAAAACAAACCGCCGUUUACUCCGGCCUAUAUCCUGAAAAUCACCUGGGACCACGUCAUGGCGCCCGCACACCAGGAAGUGGACUUCUCAGAGACCAACACCUUCCAGUGCGUCCUGACCACAGACGGCAGCCGCUCGUUUGCGCUGCUGCGGUACGGCCCCAUGCUCUGGGGCCCCGGGCUGCGAUCCCAUCACCACGCCCUGGUGGGCUACACCAACGGCACACACGACCACAUCGAGCCCACCGUCCCGGCGGACAACAUGUUCGGAGACGGCGGGAGAUACCGACCAAACCAGUGGAUAGGACCACUGGGGAGACCGGGAGAACUGCUGUACGAUCUCUCUGACCCCUCAGGCACGGACUCUGACCCCAUGAUUAGAUGUCAGGGGUGGGCUCUGCGGCAGAGCGACGUGGGCAGAUGGUCACGGGGUCUGCCGUCCUGCCCCUGCACCAAAACACAAGCCCAAGGAGACAUGUCGUUUGUGGAAGAGGUGCUGGACCAGUCGGACAGCGUGGCCAUGCUGAGGGCGCAGAGAUACGGGAGCGUCGGGAGGCAUGUGUUCAAGUCCCUUCUGUCCAACGCUUACGGAUCCGGAAAGAGAUGUGUUUAUGAACCUGACGGAGAGCUCCUGACCGGCUUCAGCGAGCGCCACUUCACUGCAGCCGCCGAGCAGAGGCACAUCGGUGAGACCGGUUGA